AUGGUGAUGAUGUUUCGGAGGAUGAAUUCGGAUGAUGACGAUGAUUCGGAUGAUGAUGAUGAUGAUGGCGAGGAUGAUGAUGAUGAUGUGAUGAGGUUGAUGAUGAUGGAGACGUUGAUGACGAUGAUGAUGAUGAUGAUGAUGACGAUGAUGAUGAUGAUGAUGAUGAUGAUAGAUGAUGAUUCGGAUGACGAUGAUGAUGAUGAUGAUGAAGAUGUGGAUGGCGAUGAUGAGGAUGAUGAUGAUGAUGAAGAUGAUCUUUAUGAUGAUGAUGAUGAUAAUGAUGAUGAUCAUCAUGAUGUUGAUGAUGAUGCAGUUGAUGAUGAUUCGAAUGACAAUGAUGUUCAUGAUGAUGAUGAUGACGAUGGUGAUGAUGAUGUUGAUGAUGAUGAUGCUGACGCUGAU